CCAGCCCGGCCGGCCCUCUGGCGAGCGGCGCGGCACUUGGGCACCGGCGCGCGCUCGGGGCCAGCAGCCGGGAGCCGGCCAGCUGGGGCCAUGGGCUGCGACGGCCGCGUGUCGGGGCUGCUCCGCCGCAACCUGCAGCCCACGCUCACCUACUGGAGCGUCUUCUUCAGCUUCGGCCUGUGCAUCGCCUUCCUGGGGCCCACGCUGCUGGACCUGCGCUGCCAGACGCACAGCUCGCUGCCCCAGAUCUCCUGGGUCUUCUUCUCGCAGCAGCUCUGCCUCCUGCUGGGCAGCGCCCUCGGGGGCACCUUCAAGAGGACACUGGCCCAGUCGUUAUGGGCCCUCUUCACCUCCUCUCUGGCCAUCUCCCUGGUGUUUGCCGUCAUCCCCUUCUGCCGUGACGUGAAGGUGCUGGCCUCUGUCAUGGCACUGGCAGGCCUGGCCAUGGGCUGCAUCGACACCGUGGCCAACAUGCAGCUGGUGAGGAUCUACCAGAAGGACUCGGCCAUCUUCCUCCAGGUUCUCCAUUUUUUUGUGGGCUUCGGUGCUCUGCUGAGCCCCCUUAUAGCCGACCCCUUCCUGUCUGAUGCCAACUGCUUGCCUGCCAAUAACACAGCCAACGCCACCUCCGGCAGCCACCUAUUCCACGCCGCCAGAGUCCUGGGCCAGCACCGCACUGAGGCGUGGCCUUGGUCCAAUCAGACGCUCCCUGGGCCACCCCUGCAGGAUGGGGCAGGGACCCACGUGGCCUACGCCUUCUGGAUCAUGGCCCUGAUCAAUCUCCCAGUGCCCCUGGCUGUGCUGUUUCUGCUGUCCAAAGAGCACCUGCUGACCUGCUGCCCUCAGAGGAGGCCCCUGCUCCUGUCUGCAGAUGAGCUUGCACUGGAGACGCAGCCUCCUGAGAAGGAAGACACUUCCUCACUUCCUCCAAAGUUUCAGCAACACCGAGGGCACGAGGACCUGUUCAGCUGCUGCCAGAGGAAGAACUUCAAAGGAGCCCCGUAUUCCUUCUUCGCCAUCCACAUCACAGCCGCCCUGGUCCUGUUCAUGACCGAUGGGAUGACGGGGGCAUAUUCUGCCUUUGUGUACAGCUAUGCGGUGGAGAAACCCCUGUCUGUGGGACACAAGGUGGCUGGUUACCUCCCCAGCCUCUUCUGGGGCUUCAUCACCCUGGGUCGGCUCAUCUCCAUUCCCAUCUCCUCAAGAAUGAAGCCAGCCACCAUGGUUUUCAUCAAUGUGGUGGGUGUGAUGGUGACGUUCCUGGUGCUUCUUGUUUUCUCCUACAACGUCCUCUUCCUGUUCGUGGGGACAGCCAGUCUGGGCCUGUUCCUCAGCAGCUCCUUCCCCAGCAUGCUGGCCUACACUGAGGACAUUCUGCAGUACACAGGCUGUGCGACCACGGUGCUGGUGACGGGGGCAGGAAUUGGCGAGAUGGUCCUCCAGAUGCUGGUUGGUUCGAUCUUCCAGGCUCAGGGCAGCUAUAGUUUCCUGGUCUGUGGCGUGAUCUUUGGUUGCUUGGCUUUUACCUUCUAUAUCUUGCUCCUGUUUUUCCACAGGAUGCACCCUGGACUCGCAUCAGUUCCUACCCAGGACAAACCGCUUGGAAUGGAAAGCUUGGAGUGCUACCAGAGGUAAAACUGGGUGAAGGAGGCAGGCGAAGACUUCCAGCCUCUUGAGCACGGCACAGACCAAAGUGUUUAAGAAAGCUGGAGGUGGAGGUGGAGGUGGAGGCAAUCUCUCCACGCCUUGGUUCGGAUCUUCUCCACUAACACUUGGUUGAGUAGAAGAAACUAAACUGAGUUCUGGUACCUGGGUCCUCCCUGGGCAAAUCAUAAGCAGCUUACCUGGCUACUCCAGUUACCUGCCUCUUCCCUGGUUCAGACUGCUGGUCAGAGCCGUCCAGGACACCCAGACGGGAAGGAAGAAGACAGCCACAUGCUGCCUUCAUGGACCACACCCUGGGUUUGAGGAUCACUCUUAGUUGAAAUUUGAAAAAAUAGGUUGACAUUGUAAAGCUCGAUGAUCAUCGCUAUAUGCAGAUAUAUUUUUAAAUUAAUCAAAACAAACAUCAAGUUAUUCUCUGGCAUGCUCAAAGGAUUUGUGUGCUUUUUACUUAUUAAUAGUCCAAAGUCCCUCAAAUUCCUGCUGCUGAUACCAGUAGGUCAUCUGUAAUCUAAAACAUCAAAAGGAAAAGCUGAAUCUUGCUAUCUUUAGGACACUAAUUCAGUGGUAUGUUGGGCUAGCUUAUAUCAGCUUAUAAAAGCUGACUGUUAAAUUUUCAUUUUGAGAGCUGGUUGUUAAACGCAGCCAAUAUUAAAAAUUAAAUUAUAGAAAUUUAAAUUACAUUAAAACAAAGGUAAUACUCGAAGCUCAUCACUUCCUAGUUGUUUUACAUCUGUGCUCUGGAGGUUAUCUAUGUCUCUUGUACCUGUAUGGUGGAGACAUUAUAUAAAGGUGUGCUUCUGCACAUCUCUUUCCAACUCCACUUUCAGUGAUAACGUAUUGGUAGCCUGAGAUCAGUCAUGAUAGGAGUAUUUACACCACAGAAAUUGGCAAAAGCUACAAAUCAUGGCUUUGUUUUCCUCCCUGGAGAGCCAGCCGUUGAACAUUUACCAGCAUACCACUGCUAAUAACCAGUUAGGUCCAGAAGUUGCCUGGAAGAAUGGGAUGGAUGUUGUUUUUCUUUACUGACAUUGAUUAACUUAUAAAAAGUAUAGAAACAGGGGCCGGCCCCGUGGCAUAGCAGUUAAGUGUAUGUGCUCUGCUGCUGGCGGCCCGGGUUCGGAUCCUGGGCGCGCACCAAUGCGCUGCCUGUCAGGCCAUGCUGUGGCAGCAUCCCACAUAAAGUGGAGGAAGAUGGGCACAGAUGUUAGCUGAGGGCCAGUCUUCCUCAGCAAAAAGCAGAGGAUUGGCAUGGAUGUUAGCUCAGGGCUGAUCUUCUUCAUGAAAAAAAAAAGUGUAGAAACAGCACUAAGAAUUUCUCAAAAAUAUCGAAUGUAAACUUUACAUCUUCUAUAGAGACAAAAACUCUUGUCAAGUUUUUUUGCCAUGUCAAGUACCUUGACAUACCAUGUCAAGUUCGUUUUUUUUUAACAGAAAGCCGGAACUACUGAACAGUUCAAGCUGUGCAGUACACUGAAAGCAGUGUCUGUCAUGGAGUGACAGUUCCUGUGCCAAGCCAGUCCUGUAUGCCACAGAGAAUGCAAAUACAGUGACUCAGAGAGGGUCAGAGUGCUGAGACUCCUGUCGGCAGGGAAGUGGCAAUGACAGUGACCAUCUGUAUUCGUUUACCUGCACUUUCUCUGUGAAUAUAUAAAUGUAUAUGUGUAAAUAUAAAAAGCAAGUGGGGGCCGCCCCGUGGUUUAGCGGUUAAGUGCGCGCUCCGCUACUGGUGGCCCGGGUUCGGAA